AGAAUGUCCGGUAGAGGAAAGGGCGGUAAGGGUCUGGGUAAAGGAGGCGCUAAGCGUCACCGCAAAGUGCUCCGCGAUAAUAUCCAGGGCAUCACCAAACCGGCUAUCCGCCGUCUGGCUCGCCGUGGCGGCGUCAAGCGUAUCUCGGGUCUGAUCUACGAGGAGACGCGCGGCGUGCUCAAGGUGUUCCUGGAGAACGUGAUCAGGGACGCUGUCACCUACACCGAGCACGCCAAGAGGAAGACCGUCACCGCCAUGGAUGUGGUUUACGCCCUGAAGCGUCAGGGACGAACCCUGUACGGCUUCGGAGGUUAAACGCUCGACUCGAACAACGAUAAACACAACGGCUCUUUUAAGAGCCCCCCCACA